AUGGCUGUAGCCGAUGUCACUUCAUAUCCCCCCGUUCAGCCAAGCUUCCUCCAUGAUGUGGCCGCAGACAGCAUGAAGCCUCUGGCUUCUGCCGUCGACACCUCGGCUCUCGAGACUUCUUCAAAGAUUCUCGACAUCAUUGGAAGAUAUCGUCUGAACAAGGGAGAAAAUAUCUACGCCAGUGCUGAUCAGUCUGUCCUCAAGUUCAUUGCCCUCAUCUACACACAUGUCAAGGCUCAGCAGGCCGUGCCGCUUUGCCUUCCUGCAUUUCCCUUCAAGUCACCAAACUCGACGUCCAAGGUCCUUGGAAAGCUGCCUGACAAGGCGGAAGAGUUUGCCUUGAGCCAUCUGAAUGGCAUGUGUCAGGCGAUUGCAGACAUUUAUCCUCCUGGAGCAAAGCUCACUAUUAUCUCGGAUGGUCUUGUGUACAAUGACCUUCUUGGUGUCCCCGACAAGGAUGUCUGGGGAUAUGGAGAGACUCUCAGAGCCCUCGCCGCAUCCAAGGGGUUUGCUCACAUCUCGUUUGCCCGUCUUCGAGACCUCGUCGACAUUGAUCUACCAAAGGAGCUUGAUGAGAUGACAUAUGUCGCCAAUGCUUCCAACUUCCGUCGUGCCCUCCUCAACACAUUCAGCAAGCCCGGUUGGACCUGGGACGAGGUCCGCCAGGCUGAAGAUGCAUGCAUGACGUAUCGAGGCUACAUCAAGUUCCUGCAGACCGACUUGGAGACUGUGUACCCUAUUGGAGAGGACCGCACCAAGUCCCGGUAUAAGAGGGGAACUGAGUACAUUGCUAAGCAGAUGAUGGCUCGAGGCGAUGCAUUUGCCAACGCCGUGCGUCAGAAGUAUCCUGACCAUGUCCGCCUGUCCAUCCAUCCUUCUACUGGCGCUGUUAAGCUAUCCAUCAGCUUGCUGCCCACUGAUAGCAUCUACACGACACCAUGGCAUAGCACCUUGGUCCUGAAGUUGGACGGAACCAUCGAGACCGGAAUGCGGUCCCAGUUUGAGAACAACGACAACCUGGAGCUGAUCUACGAGAACGGUCGCCCAAGCUACUACCGCGAAAGGUCUCCUCUUCUCAACUGGGCUGAAGAAAAGGGCGGCAUCGUCGUUGACCCCAUCUACCCAGCGGGUCUCACCAUUCGCCCUGCCAACGGACCCGGAUCCUUGACCAUCGACGACAUCGACACACAGAAAGUCCGCGCCCUUUCCGAGAUCAACUCUCCCGUUAUCCUGCGCGGAUUCGUCAAGAAGCCUGAUCGUGAGCGAUUCAUUAACCUCAGCCACCAGUUUGGAACACCACUGCCAUGGAAGUUUGGCUUGUUGCUUGAGGUGAAGGAUCGAGGACUGGAGACAAGGGGUCUUAACAAUGUCCUUUCGGCGGAGCCUAUGCCCAUGCAUUAUGAUGGGUUGUUCAAGACAGUGAAGCAGGUUGAUGAGAGUGGCAAGGAGGUUUUGGUUUCUACACCGCCACAAUUCCAGCUCUUUGAGGGUGCGACAGCAUCUCCACGAGACACAGGAUUCACAAUCUUUGCCUCAUCAACCCUACUCUUCAAGUACCUCCCCAAGUGGCUCAAGAUCGACGACCUAUCCAAGCUCACAUGGAGCGUGUCAACUUCUUCCUUCGACCAAACCGUCCUGAAGGGCCUACCCCUUGUUGUACCGCACCCAACCACAGAGAAGCCUUGCCUGCGCUACCAUGAGCCAUGGCCCCAGAGCAGGACUCAAUUCGACGCCACAGACGUUAUCAUUGAAGGCCAAGAACCUGGUGAGAGUGCAUCCAUCUGCGCCGCUAUCGAUGCAACCCUCUACGAUCGCAGAGUAGCGUACUAUCACGCCUGGGACAAGGGAGAUAUUGUCGUCAGUGAUAAUGUUCUAAUGAUGCACACGAGGAGCGAUUUCACUGCGGGCAUUGAUCGAGAGCUUUGGAGAAUUCACUUUGAUUAG